AUGAGUGAGACUAUUGAGUCUGUCAAUCCUCAUUCGAGCAACAGCUAUGCUCAUCCAAGCCAUUGCCCACCGUCCACAGUUGGACAUGAGUGUGUCAAUCUUUGUUCAAGCAACGGCCAUGCUGAUCCAAGUUGUCAGCCACCAUUUGCAGUUGGUGAGUCUGUCGAUCCUCAUUCGAGCUCGAGCCACGCUGAUCCAAGCUGUUGCCCACCGUUCACAGUGAGAUCUAACUGUACUGCUUCUGCUCUCCUCAUCAACCACCACUACCAUUACUUCAUGAAGUUCAAUGAUGAUAAUGUGCCAAAACCAGUGCAGAACAGGCCCUACCUGGGUGAUAUGAUGGUUCACCUCAUGAAGGGCCAUUACUUCAAUGGACUGAAGUCAGUCAGUGUCAUGUUUGGGAAAAGAUUUUCUGAUAUUGCCAAGAAUAAAGCCAAAAGGCCCGAGGUCACAAUUCCAAUGGUUGCUUUGACAGCCACUUCAGUGUAUGCAGCAUUCUUCUGGAAGGCACAUGGCACUCCAGCCAAGUUUAACUUCACUGGAAAUCAAUUUAGCAAGGUCUAUUUCUUCCAUGUCAAAUUUCUAAAAGAUCUCAGUGCAAAAUCACCUGAGAAAUUCCACAAGCUGAUGGCUGAUAUCUUCACUGCAAUACAGGAUCUCAUGCAGUACAAUAAUUCCACCACUGAUGCAGAAGCUGAUGCGAUUGCAUUCCUCGGCCUCGAUGGGAUGGAUGAGGACUAA